AUGUCGAUGUCAUUUCUCGGUUUUACAAUCAUCGCUUUGUUUGCCGCUUUGAUAUCGAGCUCAGAUGCCUCAGCUCUUCGACACAAACGAGCACUUGAUAAUUUGAUGGGUCAAGGUUUUACUGGUUUCGACAAACGCGCUUUUGACUCACUUGGCCAUGAUGGAUUCUCUCCAUUUGAUAAGCGAAAUUUCUAUCCAGUGCGUAUCAUUGGCCUCGAGAAACGCGCAUUGGCAAAACGUGCACUUGACUCAAUUGGAUAUGGAGGUCUCUCCGAUUUCGGCUACUUUGACAAGCGAGCUUUUGACACUCUAGGUCACGACGGAUUUAGUGGUUUCGAGCGACGG